AAAUACGGCCGGUUUGCGUGAACCGGGAGCGUCAUUUCUGGAGAAGGCGUCCAAAGGGAAGUGUCCUCUUCUUCUUUAUUCGCCACCAUCAAACCCUAACCCCUUGAUCACGCGUAACAAUGGCGGCGAAUCAUGGCUCCGAUCACGAAUCCGAUCCCUCCACUCGCCUCUACAAUCCCUACCAAAACUACGACCUUCCCAUCAAAUCUCAAUACCUCUACAAGCUCCCUACCUCUCCCGAGUUCCUCUUCACCGAAGAAGCUCUCCACCAACGCCGCUCCUGGGGCGAGAACCUCACCUUCUACACCGGCUCCGCUUACCUCGCCGGAUCCGUCUCCGGCGCCGCCUCCGGACUCUUCUCCGCCGUCAAGAGCUUCGAGCCCGGAGACACCACCAAGCUCAAGGUCAAUCGGAUCCUCAACUCCUCCGGCCACUCCGGCCGCGUCUGGGGAAACAGGAUCGGUGUGAUCGGUCUGAUCUACGCAGGGAUCGAGAGCGGCGUCGUCGCUGUCACCGAUCGGGACGAUGUCUGGAGCAGCGUCGCGGCGGGACUUGGCACCGGCGCCGUAUACAGGGCAGCUCGAGGCGUACGGUCGGCAGCGGUGGCGGGAGCACUCGGAGCGGUAGCCGCCGGAGCUGCGGUUGCUGGGAAACAGAUCUUCAAGAGAUACAUACCGAUAUGAAUUCGAAGGCGAUCUAUGUGAGUUCAUAUAUUUUCCAUAUUCUUCGAUUCGCAAGACCUUGUUUUGGGUGUGACCCAAAACAUCAUUCUUUUUUCUGGAACAAAUGAAACAAUGAUCAGUUUUUUUUAUUGUGCGUGUGGAGAUUUUAGAUGCGAUGUGUUGAAAGAUCAACCGAAUAACUUUAGGGGGAAACAAUUCUACGAAAUUCUGACGUUUAUAUAUUGAAGAAAGAGUGAUCGGUGUUCGAUCAAGACUGUGUUUUGAUGACCAAAUUCUAUUAUGUGUUUAUACAUUUGGUUGGGUUGAUGAUGAUGA